UGUGUUAUCAGCUUUAUGUAACAACUGUAUGACUAUAAGAUGGGGUCCUACCGCUCCACAAACCAACAAUAAUCAUGUACAGCGCAGUAUUAAUCACCCUCUUCGCACCGGCCAUUUCGGCCUUCCUUUUAGAUAGUUUCGGACUGGGAAGUGGUAUCAAAACCGUCACAGAAUUGGACGUGCCUAAGUAUUUGGGACGAUGGUAUCAGAUGUACGCCAGCGAAUCAGUGGUUGCCACGUUUGAGAAGGACGCUCUAUGCGUAACAGCCGACUAUUCGAUGUCAACAGAUGGAUCUGGGAAAGUGAUCGUCCGUAAUGGAGAAACCCUAAAGACUCCGAAUGGAACGUUCAAAACUAUCAACGGAUACGCCACUACGUCUAGUGAUCCGGGAAAAUUAACCGUAAAUCUCGAGACGGCCCCUUUCCCCGCCCCUUACUGGGUGAUCAAACUCGGACCCGCAACAUUCGGAAAUGAUACCCAGUACCAGUACUCCGUAGUGACCGACAACCUGAAAGUCACACUCUUCGUAUUGGCGCGAGACCCCGAAACGUUUAAACGGGACUAUAAUGACGAGGUGGUUCAAUUUCUCAAGCAACAAGGAUUCACCAACCUCCUCAACAGUCCUGUGGCCACAUACCAAGGUUCAGACUGCAUGUAUCUUAAGCCGUGACGUCAUAAACAAUAGGUGUCAUGGAAUACAUAUACUGAAUCAAAUUAGACUUUCCGACAACAAGAGAAUGAUUCCAGAUUUUGAACUACAAUGUAAAUAGCUGCUCAAAUAUUAAAUGUUGGAAUAAAAUGUUGAUUAAA